CUACUUCCUGCCCCCCUCCCUCUUUCCCUCUCCCUCCCAGCGCGCCGGCAGGAGAAGAAGAAGAAGCAGCAGAGCCAGAGCAUCUCUCCCUUCUCUUGCUUCUCCUUCCACCCAGCCUUUCCCCUCCCUCCUCCCUCUGAAUCCAUUUAUCCCUCCUUUGCAGCGCAUCUUGCAAAGCAGCCGCUGCAAUUGCAUCUCCUCCUCCUCCAUCGCUGCCUCGUUUUCUCCCCCACUUUCCCCCUUGCAAAGGCUAGCAUGGCCUGGGCCUGGAGGCGAGGGGGGUAGGUGCAGGAGCCCCCUCCCAGGAAGGGGAAGCAGGGACGAUGGAGAUCUCGCUGGGCCAAUGGAUCCUCAUCCUGAUCCUGGUGGUCGUCCCCCUUCUUUACGAAUGGAGCACCACCUUCAAGUACUUCUGCAAGAUGGCCUUCUACAAUAGCUACAUCCUCUUCUUGGCCGUCAUCGUCAUCCCCAUGUGUGCUGUCCGGGGACGCAAUGUCGAGAACAUGAAACUCAUCCGAUUCAUGUUGCUGCAUGUGAAAUAUCUUUAUGGGGUCAAGAUCGAAGUGCGAGGGUCGGAGAACUUCAACAUCAAGGAGCCUUACGUGAUUGUGUCCAACCACCAGAGUUCGCUUGACUUGCUCGGGAUGAUGGAGGUGCUGCCAGAUCGGUGCGUGCCAAUUGCCAAGAAGGAACUGAUGUACAUGGGUACGGUGGGCUUGGCAUGCUGGCUGGGGGGCAUCAUCUUUAUCAACCGCAAGAAGACAGACGACGCCAUCAACGUCAUGUCGGAAGCUGCCCAAACAAUGUUGUCUGAGGACGUUCGGGUCUGGGUCUUCCCAGAAGGCACUAGGAAUCACAGCGGCUCUAUGUUGCCCUUCAAGAGGGGCGCUUUCCAUCUGGCCGUGCAAGCCCAGGUUCCUGUCAUCCCAGUCGUGAUUUCAUCGUAUCGGGAUUUCUACAGUAAGAAGGAACGACGCUUCACUACAGGGCGCUGCACGGUCGAGAUCUUGCCUCCCAUGCCCACGAAGGGGCUCAGUGCCGACGACGUGCCGGCCCUGACGGAGCGGGUGCGCCAGGCCAUGCUUGUUGCCUUCGACGGGCUCUCGGUGGAGCUGGGUGCCCCCCAGUGACCCCUUCCUCCUACUUCUUUCCCCAACUUCCAGCCCUAGAGUGCUACGGGGUGGGACUGGGAGCAGCGCACGCCCACAGGCGGCCAUGGAGACGGGGCCAGGAUGGAAGAGGGUGCAGCACCUACCCCAGCAGCAAAGCCAGGACCAGGAGCGAUGGAUUAGCCAGCAUGAGGGGAGCAGCCACACUAUGAUCAAGCAUGGAGAAGAUGAUGAUGAUGGUGGUGAUGAUGAUUGGGGUGGAGCUUUACAUGGUCACACAAAUACACGAGGAGCCACGUGAGCGGAGUUGAUCCCAGCCACGCCCGUUGCCAUCUUGAGUUUUGUGCCAGAACUCUGGCCUCUUCUCCCCUCCUGGUCCUCCUCCUCCUUUCUCCUGUGUAGGUGGUAUGGUCCUUCCCAGCCUCCUCCUUGCUGCCGCUGCUUCCUUCUCUUCCCUCCUACGCCCCGUUUUGUUGGUGUGAACUGCUCCAUUUUGAGCUUCUUGGACUCAACCACUCCACUCCCCGUCUGGGGGAGGAGGACAGGACGGAGCUGCUCAGUAGGCACUGUACAAAAACCGAAGCACUCCUUGAAUCUUGAAGAAGGAGCUGUGGACUGGACUAACCCUGGCCUGCGGAGGAGCGGGGAGAAGAGACGGGCUCCGGAGGAAGGACUGCGGACGUCAGUGUUAAAGCCACUGUGAAUUUUGCAAUGUGAAACAGAUCGGCGACACAAAGAAAGUGUGCCGUUGAGUGAUCCCACUCAGUGAGGGAACCAGAUAUGGAACAAAUUACUCCAGCAGCCUUAGAGGAGGAGUAGGAGGACAACUUGGACUGAACCACCUGAAUCUCUAAAUAUGGGGUGGUUCUGGUGAGAUAUCUCCAAAGGCUUGCUGAGAAGGACAGAAGACUUUCAAUAAAAUCAUGGAUAGAGCCCCCUCUGCAAAAAGGGGCUUGAUGGGUGAAGGAUAAAUGUGGGUUCUCUUUUGGCACCUGCAUAGACAGGGAAGGAACAAUGUUUUAUGCGGGUGAGAGAUCAUGCUGACUGCCCCACCAAGAUCUUGCCUGGGGCCUUUUUGGGGGGUAGGGAGGAAAUGGAAACAAUGGUUCCUGGGAGGGAGGGCAAACAAAUUGAUGCCGAUCUUGCCUCUUGAGGAAACUUCACUCCAUCUUGUCAUUUCAAUGUUGGUGAAGAGCCUUCAACCCCAAAGGAGCAGGCAAGGGUGCACCUAUCCAACGGCCAAUGUUGAUCAAUGUAGCAACCUCUCUCCUUUGUAUAACGGAAGUUGGCAGAAGGAGAGGGGGUGGAAAUUUCUACUCCCCUUCCUCCAUUUUUGGCCUAGGGGGUGCAUGUGUCCUCCCCUUUUUUGGUAGAGAACGGAGAGGCAGAAAAGUCAGGAAGGGUUUGGAUGAUGCAAGGACAUCUUCUAGAUCCUUGCCCUUAGGAUGUGGUGGACUAGAACCCACGUAAUAUGGGAGUUCUAGUCCACCAUAUCUGGAAGUCACCAGGUUGAGAACAGCAUUGGCCAGGGCAAGAAAUGUUUUAGUUAGACAAGGCAGAAGUCACCAGACCACAUUUCUUGGUGGGGUUACCUAAUGGGCAGGGAUUGGUGAUCCUACGCCAAGGGAACCAGCGGAAUAGAGAUCACAGCAGUGGGAGUGGCUAGAUUUCCCACAAGCAAGAGCUGAAGUCAACCAGCUGCUGCUUCUGAGGGUAGGAGUGAAAAAUCAAGGUUCUGCUCAUAGCAUUAGGAGGAAGAUAUCUGUCUUGUGGGGCAGGAGAAGGGACAGCUAAUUGUGGGGAAAUGUGAAUGCUCAGAAAGCAGUUUGGGAGAGGGACUGUCCUUCGGAGCAGCUAAAGACCUAUGGUUUUGCCAAAUAUUACCUGUUCCAGGUGAGUGAAGAACUCCCUCUCCUGCUCUUCUGUCUUCAUGAGAGUUUUGUCCUUGCUAUUUCUAUCCUCAGUCUGGUUGGAGACCCAGUAGUCUCCCCUUCCCAACACUCUUCCUUGGGGGGAGGGAGAGGGGAGAGUGUUGGUGGGGGGGAGGAAUGAGGACCGAAGGGGGGGCAUCACCAAGUCCGUGUUCCUACAACCUUCCUGCUUUUAAUAAAGGCCCUCAAACAUU